UUGUAUUAUCAAUAAAGGAAAACAUUAUCCAUAAUUAUACUUAAAUAAAUUAGUAACUUAGAAGAUAAUGGCUGAAGGAACAAAUAAACCCAGUUCCCCCGACGUGGAGGACCCGCCAAAUAAACAAGAUGAUAUGGAUGAUGAGAUUUCUGCUCGGAUGACGGCUUCCUACAGUGAAAUAUCGUUUCAUUCGGACCGGGGUCCUACCGAACAGCCUGGAAACUCGCCCGGUCCGUCCCGACCGUUCAAUUUGCCAUCAGAGAACCGUAAACAGGAAAAAAAUCCUCUAAACCUAGAUGGUCAUGUUAGGUAUGAAGGGGACAUGACACAUUUUGUAGCAGAUGAUUUAGAAUUUAAGAUAAAGCUGUCUAGUCCUAUUACUAAGCGAGGUGAGACUCCAGUGUUUGGGAGUUCCAGUGCAUCUAGAUCCAGUACACCAUCAGGGAAGCUCUUCAGACAAAUACUAGCCCCACAGAUCGGUCAGAUUGAUAUCACAGUGCUGAAUGAUUUAGAAAAUGAAGCUCAAAGAAUCGCGCAGUCUGUGGAUAACUUAAUAGAGAACCUGUCAAGUAUACUGCAUUCCAACUCAUCAUUAACCGCUGAGAAUAUGGAAGUGUACAAAGAUGCAGUCGGGAAGACUUGUGAUGCAAUGGAUAAUAAUAUCAAGAGUAUGUACACUAUACUUGCAAAAGGGGAGGAGGUGUCGCAGGCCAUGAUCCCUGUACAGGCACAGGCUGCUAGAAUAGCUGAAAUAAAAAGACUACUACAGUUAUUUGAAAGCAUGUUUUAGGUUUUUAGCAGAUUAUUACUUUGAUGCUUGUUUGUUAAGGGCAAGACAAGCAUAAUGGCGACAUUA